GUAUUGUUUGCACUUUUUACGUCAUGUUUCCAGUUUAAACCAUGAGCACUUUGUCUUAGGUGCAGCUCUUUACUGUAAAUUUGAUCUGUGUGUGACCUGUUUCCUUAAAUGUCUAAGAAGCCAUAAACCGGUACAAAGUUCAGGGCACAUGUGCAGAUGAAAACACUGAGGAGGCAGCAGACACUGUCCAGUCUUCUCCACCAGCUGAGCCGCACGGCCGACCGCUCCAUCAGACACAGUGAGGAAACCACCAUGGAGAUGAAAACUAUCCUAAAGCCUGAGAAAAAGGUGGGUGUUCUGCUGGAGGUCAAGGACGCCCUCGUUGGCCAGAGCGACUCCGUGGGGGUCGUACGCUGGACACUGCCUGAGGAGAGCCACCAGGCCCACAGCUCGGCCCCCGUCAGAUACAACAAACGCUCACAGCACCCUCGUCAAAACGGCCUGAAGGACCUCCGCAGCCUGCAAGAGUGCGUUCAGUUCAUCCAAAACUGGAAGGAGCAGGUGGACCGAGUGUGUAAGCAGGGCAGCUGGGACCCAGAGGAAGGGAGCAGUAAGACAGAGCAUCAGAGUUCAGACCAUCAUGCUGAACGUAGUCUGCAGGAGAGCAGGAAACUGAUCCUGAGGUGGGCUGAUGAACUCCACCACGUCCACAAGAAGUUAACCUCCGAGAGUCAAGGGGAUGAGAAUAAACUCGCUGCCAACGAGGAGGCACAACUCAGGAUUAUGGGGUGGGCGAAGGAGCUGCAGGAGACGACUGAGAGUUGCGGCGUGCGGAGCGAAGAGCUGGGCAAAGCGCUGCGUCUGCUGGGCCCGCAGAAGAAAAAUCUGGUCAAACUGCUGCCUCUGCUGGAGUUCAUCACCUGGACUCUGCUCGACGGAGACAGCACGAAAACUAUCCCACAGCUGUGGUUGCUGGCGAAACAAAAGAGGGGGAAAGCAGGGACUCCAAGAUACAUCCCCAACUCAGUUUGGAGUUGGAUUUGCAGUGCAGCAGCUGAUGUGAUUCUCGACCCCAAGACCAACUACCCGUGGCUGCUGAUUUCAGAAGAUCAGCGUCGGGUCCAGGAGGGCCUCUCGGCUGCAGACCUACCAUACAACUCCCAGCGCUUUGACAGCUGGCCCUGCGUGGUGGGCUGGCAGGGCUACAGCAGUGGCCGCCACUACUGGGAGGUGGACCUAAGCAACAACGGCUGCUGGCGCAUCGGGGUGACCGCCGCCGACUCCCAGAGGCACGGGCGCUUCCCCAUGACCCCGAAGCAGGGCUUCUGGGCCCUGUGGCGGAGCACAAAACACUUUUACGCGUGCACUAAGCCGGAGACGCCGCUGCCCGUCAGCCUCGUGCCGCGGCGCAUAGGGAUCUACCUGGACUACGAAGAAGGGCAGAUCUCCUUCUACAAUGCACAAGACAAGUCCCACAUCUACACCUUCACGGGGAACUUCGAAGGGAAGCUGUACCCUCUGUUCGCUCCGAUGGACGGUCGCACGCUCAUCACAAUCAUCGAUCCGCACAAGAUCUCGGUCAACUGACAGAAAGCCCCAGAGAGGAAUUCAAUCUGACUUUAAGAACGUGAGCUCAAAAUGUUCUGCUGAAAGAUGUUACCAAAAUCAAAGCCAGAAGUUAAAUUUAAAUUUGAUGCUCUGACUUAAAAACAAUAACAACAACACACAAAAAAACAAGAUAGUUAUAAUAUCUAGGUUCUGUAUUAAAGUGGUAAUGUUGCUGAUGUAAAUACAUCUCCAUUGAAAUACUCAGACGUGGUGUAUGUAAGAAAAACAAAACGGUGGAGGCGCUAUAAGAGCAUUUAUUUUAAGAGAUUGGAGCCUAAAGGAAAAGUUGCACAAAAUCAAUACACAGACAGAAAUGUAUUCUGUGUAUUUGUAUAUAUAUGUUCAUGUAGACACAAGUGUUUGCGUGCAUGCCUCAGAUAUGCACGGAAUAAACGUUUCACACAAAUAA